AUAAAAUUAUUAUAUUUGGCAUAAUUAUACAAACAUUUAAAUAUGUGAGUAAUAUUAAAAAUAUAUAAUAAUUAUGUAAAACAAAUGUCUACAUAUAUAAAUGUGAAAAUAUAUAUCCGCACGGUUGUGCGGGUGGAAAUCUAGUUUAUUUAUUAAGUCUUAACCAAACUAAAACUUAAAUUCAAAAUAUUAAGAACAAAUGUAUUAAAAUCUGAAGAGAUUUUGGCUUUGCUUGAUAAUUGGAUCCGAAACUGAUUCGAGAAAACGAAUACACAAUUUCAUAAAUCACAUGAUACAUAUAUUAUUUCACUUAAAAAUUAAGCGACCAAAUGUGACGAUAAUCCGAAUUCCGAAUGCUGACUUCUAAAUUAUGUGUAUGCAAACAAAGAUUAUAUACGACAUGCUCACAUGCACAUGACAGCCUGUUUCUCUUAGUUGCUUGCAUAAGAAGAAACAAAUUUCGUAUCUACCUUAAUGAGAGCACGUUCUCUUUAUGUAUCUUGCGGACGUACUUAGUGCGGCCAGCAGUUGAUUACUGAUUCAUUAAGCAAAUUUUAUGUAUAUGUAUAAUGUAUUAGGAACACAUGACGUAAUCCCAUUAAGUAUAUAAUAAACCAAAUUUAUUUUAUUAAUUAACCCUAAUUAUAUUAAGAUUAUUCACUUAAAUACAUAUAGUUUUUAGUAUGCCAUUCUAAAUUAUUUUGUUUUUAAUUUUAAUUUUAGAUGUAUGAAUCUAUAAAACUAUAUAAUAUCAACAAUAAAUUUUUGAUUCAUGGGUUAGAAGUAAUUUCUUUUUGAAACUUACACUAUAAGUGAUUUAUGACAAAACUUUAUAACUACUUAUGAGUGUGCAACUGUCAAACUUUGAUAAUACGAUUCCUACAAAAAUAAUUAAAUACAAUUGGUUUAAGUCAUUUCAAACAUUAUAUACCGCAAACGAGUUGUUCUUGGAUGUCACACUCAUAUGAAAAAAAGAACCAUCAGUUUUAUAGGCCAAGAAAACAACCCCUUGUGUACUAUGGCGAUGAUCAUUGGCUUACUUGACAUCAUCAUAGCAUUCAUUUUCUUCCUCGUCUUGUAUUGUCUUUUCCGCCACAUGAGAACUCAAACGCCUUUCCUCACAAACUGGCCAGUCCUUGGGAUGCUUCCGGGUCUGCUCCUCCAAAUUCAUCGUAUCCACGACUGGCUCACCCAGGUUCUUGAGGCGGCCAAUAUGACGUUUCGUUUUAAAGGACCAUGGCGUAGUGGAACAGACAUAUUGGUCACUGUUGAUCCAGUGAAUGUCCACUACAUUCUAAGUUCACAUUUCGUUAAUUACCCCAAAGGUGAGGAGUUUCAGAAGAUUUUUGAAUUCUUGGGAGAUGGGAUAUUCAACGUUGAUUCAGGUUUAUGGGAGGAUAUGAGAAACUCAUCUCAUGCCAUUUUUAGCAAUAAAGAUUUCCAAAGUUUUUCGGUGAGCACAAGCGUAAGCAAAUUAAGACAAGGCCUUGUUCCAGUUCUUGAAAACGCUUAUGAGAAAAACAUCCUUGUCGACUUGCAAGAUUUGUUCCAGAGAUUCUUGUUCGACACAUCUUCAAUUUUGAUGACCGGGUAUGAUCCAAGAAGCCUCUCCAUUGAGAUGCCCAAGGUUGAGUUUUGUGCAGCCGUGGAAGGAGUUGUAGAUGGGAUUUUCUAUAGACAUAUCAAGCCGGUUUUCUUGUGGAAGCUCCAAAACUGGAUCGGUGUAGGAAUAGAGAAGAAGAUGAGAAAAGGUAUUGAGGUUUUCGAUCGAUUGUUAGGGAAGAUCAUAUCGGUUAAACGCGAGGAGAUUAAAAAUCAUGGGAAAGGAGAUGCCAUGGACAUAUUAACGUAUUACAUGACCAUAAAUAGGGAGAAAUAUAAACUCUUGAAACCGAGUGAUGAUAAGUUCAUGAGAGACAUUCUUUUGGGGUUUCUAUUAGCGGGAAGAGACACAGUAAGCUCAGCUCUCACUUGGUUUUUCUGGCUUCUCUCCAAGAACCCUGAAGCAACGGCCAAGAUCCGAGACGAGAUCAACAAGAAGAUGCCAGUGUUUGACCCAACAGAGUUACACAAGCUUGUGUAUCUAGAAGGCGCCGUGUGUGAGGCGCUAAGGCUAUACCCACCAGUCCUAUUUAACCACAAGUCACUGGCGAAGCCAGACGUGCUUCCAAGCGGGCAUAGAGUUGAUGAGAGCUGGAAGAUAGUAAUCAGUAUUUAUGCAUUGGGAAGGAUGAAAUCUGUUUGGGGAGAUGACGCAGAAGAGUUCAGACCAGAGAGAUGGAUCUCAGACAGCGGAACGUUGAGACAUGAGCCUUCGUAUAAGUUCUUGGCGUUUAGCUCUGGUCCAAGAACUUGCUUGGGAAAGAAGUUAACGUUCUUGCAGAUAAAGACAGUGGCUGUGGAAAUCAUACGAAAGUAUGACUUUAAGGUCAUUGAAGGGCACAAACCCAAACCAGUUUCUUCUGUUCUUCUUCGCAUGCAAGAUGGUCUCAAAGUGAGUGUUACUAAGAUCUAGUGAUAUUUAAUUUAUCUGUUAAUAGUAAAGGAAAAUAAAAGGUCCAUUGGUAAAAUAACAAAAAAAAAAAUUGACAAUAAAUAAA